AUAGUGGAGCGACCGUACCGUUCCGGGGAAUUGGCCGCGCCCGAAUUACCAAACUUCAGUUUACACGAGAGAACGGAGGAGGAGAGACAUGAAAAUGGCGUUGGGGCUAAUCGUAAAGCUCCUUUUCGCGGCUAUUUGCUGCGUAUCUGCGACAAGCCAUGAAAACGAGACAUUAGUAUUGAAUCCUCCUUAUUUUAACAUUGCCCGUGGACGUGAAAUCGAGGCGACUGCGACCUGCGGUGAGGGAUUUGCUACCCCUGGAGAGCAGGGGGAACUUUACUGCAAACUUACUGGAAACACGGCUGACAUCUACCGACCCGGCGAACAUGUUAUCAUCCAAGGGCAGUAUUGUGAUAAUUGUGACCCCGGCGAUCCCGCCAAGGCACAUUCCAUCGAAUACGCAAUCGACGGUACAGAGAAAUGGUGGCAGAGUCCUCCGCUAUCCCGCGGGAUGAGCUUCAAUGAAGUCAAUGUCACUGUCAAUUUGGGCCAGCUCUACCAAGUUGCCUACGUCCUGAUCAAGUUCGCCAACUCACCCCGACCGGGAAUGUUCGUCCUAGAGCGAUCCCGCGACUACGGAGAGACCUACGAACCUUGGCAAUACUUCGCCGAGACCCCCAGCGACUGUCAGUUGGAAUUCGGGAUGCAGUCUCUGGAAGAGAUCCGCAAUGACGACGAUGUGAUCUGUACUGCUGGCUACUCUGCUAUUGUUCCACUUGAAGACGGAGAGAUUGUUGUGUCUCUGGUGAACAACCGCCCAGGAGCACCUCAUUCAUCUACGCUCCAGGAGUGGAUCAAGGCUACCCAUAUCCGCAUCAGGCUGCUCAGAACCAACACCCUUCUGGGUCAUCUCAUGGCCGUAGCUCGCCAAGAUUCUACCAUCACUCGAAGGUACUACUACAGUAUCAAGGACAUCACCAUAGGAGGGCGCUGUGCAUGUAACGGUCAUGCCGCCUACUGCGACCUGCCUUCCAGCAAUGACGGAAGGAACAAGCAGGUGUGUCGCUGUGAGCACAACACGUGUGGGGUCGAGUGCGAGAGCUGUUGCCCUGGUUACGUCCAGAAGGCCUGGAGGACAUCUUCCUACAGCAGCCCUUUCGAGUGUGAACGAUGCAACUGCCACAGCCACUCCAACGAGUGCGUCUACGACGAGGAGGUCGCCCUCUCCAGGGGAUCCAUGGACAUCAAUGGUAACAUGGAAGGAGGCGGAGUCUGCCAGAACUGCCAGCACAACACCGUAGGUGUCAACUGCCAUCUUUGUAAGCCCGGCUUCUACAGGCCAGAGGGAAGGAAGCAGUCCGACUAUGACGUCUGUCAACCCUGUAUGUGCGAUCCCAUCCUGUCUACCGGUAACUGUGCACCUCUAACCGGUCAGUGCGAGUGCAAACCGGAAUACGCCGGUCCUGACUGCACCGAGUGUAAUGAGGGCUACUAUGGCUACCCCUACUGCAGACCUUGUGACUGCAAUCUGAACGGAACAGAGAACAAAGUAUGCCAGGUCAACGGAGGUCAGUGCCCUUGCAAGCCCAACUACACCGGACGCAACUGCAACCUGUGUGCCCUCAGCUACUAUGGCUUCCCAGAAUGCCAAAGAUGUGACUGCAACACCAUUGGAUCGUUUGACAUCGUGUGUGAUUCCGAGAACGGUCAGUGCUCGUGCCGAGAGGUCUACGAUGGACGUUCCUGCGAUAGUUGCCGCGAUGGACACUACAACUUCCCAACUUGCAGUGAUUGUAGUUGCAGUCAGGUCGGUACUGAGGAAGAGGUCUGUAACAAGACCAAUGGAGAGUGCCUCUGCGGAGAGAACUUUGGUGGCCAGCGCUGCGAAAGGUGCUCCAUAGGCUUCUACAACUACCCAGAUUGUCUGCCAUGCGGAUGUGACGACACCGGGUCCUUCAACGGUCAGUGUGACGACAGUGGACAAUGUCCUUGUGAGAGCAACUUUGCUGGACUCAAGUGUGACCAGUGUGCGGCCGGAUUCUACAAGUACCCAGCCUGUGAACCAUGCAACUGCGAUCGCUACGGCUCCUUCAAUGUCCUGUGUGACCAGGUCAGCGGUCAGUGCUCGUGCCGUCCCAACUUCCAGGGUAGGAUGUGCCAGCAGUGCGGUGAAAGUUUCUACAACUAUCCCAACUGCGAGGAAUGCAACUGCGACCCUGCGGGUGUCAUUGACGUUCCAGGACAGCCUCUGGGAGGAUGCGGCUCUUCAACUGGGGGUGCUUGCUUGUGCAAGGACAACGUGAUGGGGCGUACCUGCGACACCUGCAAACCGCUGUAUUGGAACCUUGGCAUCAGCAACCCAUACGGUUGCGAGGAAUGCAACUGCAACUUGGCUGGAACCGUUGGCGGGAUGGCCAUUUGUGACAUUGCCCAUGCGCCGUGGCACAAGAGGACUGGUCAGUGCUUCUGCAAAGGUCAGGUGACUGGACGUACUUGCGCAGAAUGCCGAGAUGGAACCUACCAGCUGGAGGCCAGCAACCCCAUCGGUUGCCAAGACUGCAACUGUGACGUAGGAGGAUCUGUGCAUGCUGCCUGUGACACGCGAACGGGACAGUGUGUCUGCCGACCUAGGGUCACUGGAGUCACUUGUGACAUGCCUGAAGCCAAUCACUUUGUACCAGACCUUCACCAGAUGAAGUUUGAGGCUGAGGAUGGAUACACCCCCAACGGUCGUCGUGUCCGCUUUGGUUACGACUCUUUCGAGUUCCCAGGAUUCUCCUAUCUUGGAUACGCCAUCAUGUCAGCUAUUCAGCCCACCAUCCGCAUUCCCAUCACGGUUGAGUCACCCAGCAUUUACCGAAUCAUCAUGCGCUACUACUAUCCUAACGCAGGAGGACCAACCCGUGGUAGGAUGACCGUUACACCUGCUGACCCUUCACAAGUGCAAGCUUCUGAACAGAGCAGUGGUAUCAUCUUCAUCAGUACGACCAUUCCUCAGUUUGUGACUGUAGAGGGCAGCGGAGUCAUCAAACCUUUUGUGCUGAAUCCCGGUUCGUGGGUUGUGACCAUCGAAGCGCCAGAGGGCAUCCUCAUUGAUUACAUUGUUCUUCUACCAUCUGACUUCUACGAAGCAACGAUUCUUCAGGAGCAUACGACCGAGCCUUGCAUCGUCGGUACUCCUCAGCAAAGAUGUAACUUCUACGUCUUUCCCGAGGUGGACCAGUUCUUCGUCGCUCCGGGUGUUGACGGAUAUUCGGUGGACAGCAACGGAGGGCGCUACCCAGUCCAGAGGUUCGGAGAUGAUCUCAUCAUGCAGGAGCUUGGCGUGGAUAGCAUGGCUCUCGUUGAUGAUAACCAGAACAUCUACGGUAUCGAUCUACCCAUUUUCCAAGCUGGGCGCUACGUGCUGAUCUUCGAGUACUACGGUGGUGGUCCAGGCCAGCAAUCUGCUCUUAUCGAUGUCUACGGUUCCCAAGAUACACAACAAGGAGAGCUCAUCUUCAAUGAUUGCGCCUUCCUAUGUCGGGCGAUCGUUCUUGACGAUGAUAGCCGCGUCCAGGUGUUUGACAUCCAGGAUGUGAUGCCCUACGCUCAGCUCACCAAGAUCGGAGGACCCUACAUGCUCUCAAUCAGCCGUGUAAUUGCCAUCCCAGUGGAGUCAUUCACAUAUGACUUUGUUACACCAACCUUGGAGUGUGUCCGCACUGCUGAUGGAGAGUGUCUGCCAUCGACUUACCCCGUGCCACCAAACACCAUUCUCCUGGAGGGUGAGAUGAACCUAGAUGCACCCCUACCACCAAACAUUUACAACCCAUCUCCCACCGUCACCUACCUCUCUAAUGACAACCAGAACACAGCCUCGUAUCACGAUGACCUUGUACCAAACAGCGGAGAGGUUGUGUUUGUCAUCCACUACUACCAGCCCAACGGAGAGUCCUACGAUACAGACUUCAGAGUCGUCGGCCAGUUUGAUGGCGAAGGUACUUUCAAUGCCAAAUACUGCCCUCACGUGUCCGGAUGCCGUGUCGUCGUCACCAAGCCUGACGGUAGCAACGUCUUUGAGCUGAGUGACCUCAGUCAAGGAAUCCAGGUGACCCUGCCGGAGGGAGACAAUCGCCAGCUCUGGAUCGAUGACAUCAUGGUUAUCCCUGUUGAGAUGUACACCCCCGACGUGGUCAACGCUAACCCUCAGGACCGGGCAGGAGAGUUCAUCCAGUACUGCAGUGCCAAUGAUUUCUACUUCAGUCCUGACUCCUCUGGCUUCUGCCGCGAGGCCGUCUUCUCUCUCUCAUCCGCUUUCAACUACGGAGCUUCGGAGUGUGACUGCGACAGCCAAGGCUCCCUCAGCUUCAACUGCGAUGAGCUAGGCGGUCAGUGCAACUGCCGACAGAACAUCGUCGGGCGUCGCUGCAACAAGUGCGCCGUCGGAUACUAUGAUUUCCCAUACUGCAGAGCCUGUACAUGCGAGUCCGGUGUUUGCAACGAGGUUUCAGGAGAGUGCAUCUGUCCCGAGAACGUGGCUGGGACCAACUGCGAUACCUGCGCCCCCCAGACCUAUGGCUACCACCCCAUCGUUGGAUGUGUGGAUUGCGAGUGUGACAUUCGAGGUGUGGACAACAAUGACCUCAACUGUGACUUCUUCACCGGCGAGUGCAAUUGCAAGCCUAACAUUGGAGGCCGGCAGUGUGAACGUUGUGAACGUGGCAACUACGGCUACCCGUAUUGUGAGCCCUGUAAUUGCGAUGUGAACGGAACAACAGAAGAAAUCUGCGACCAGACCACUGCCCAGUGUCUUUGCAAGGACAAUGUCUACGGGGAUCAGUGCAACCAGUGCGAGCCGGGUACGUUCUACCUCGCUGACUCCAACCCUGAGGGCUGUAUCUCUUGUUUCUGCUUCGGUGUCAGCACAGACUGCCGCUCCUACACACGCAGACGAGCAAGGAUUGAUAUGGUCGAUGGCUGGACGACAGUCAACUUUGACCCCAGCGCAGUCCGUUAUGGUUCCAACUUUGCGAAUAUCUAUGUCAGUGGAACAGGGGACACCCCGCAGAACGCCAUCUAUUGGAAUGCGGCAGAGAAAUUCAUCGGCAAUAAGCUGACAUCUUAUGGAGGCAAGCUGGAGUACACCGUGAGAAACAACCCUCAGCCUGCAGAGUUAGGUGGUGCAGGCCCCGCCCAGCCCAUGAGACGACCAGACAUCCUUAUUUCUGGUAACAACAUCAGCAUCAUGUAUCUUCACAUUGAUCAGCCAGACCCUGGCCAGGACUUGUCCGUUUCUGUCGAGCUGAAAGAGAACAACUUCCAGUACAGCAUCAGUGCGGCUGAGGUAUCGAGGAGUGACUUCAUGACGGUCCUAGCUAACAUCGACUCACUGCAGAUCAGAGCUCAGUACUUUGACAGGAUCCUCACUGCAGAUUUGCUUGGUGUGUCCAUGGAUGUGACGAGAAGGGACGGAGAUGGCGCCGUAGCCCAGGAGGUCGAGAGGUGUCGCUGCCCGCCCCAGUACCAAGGACUGUCAUGUGAGCUGUGUGCGGAGGGUCAUUACCGGUUGCCCGGCAGUGGUCCUUACCUUGGACAGUGCGUGCCAUGUAACUGCAAUGGUCAUGCUAGUCGAUGCGACUCCAAGACUGGACAAUGUCUGGAAUGCGACCACAACACCGUGGGCGAUCAGUGUGAAAGUUGCAAGGAAGGUUACUAUGGCGAUGCCCCCUCCGGUGACCCUGAUGCCUGCAAGAUCUGCUCGUGUCCACAGCCGAUAGAAAACCAAAACUUUGCCGUGACCUGUACCUUCUCGCCUCAGGGCGACCAAUUCUGUAUCUGUCAACCGGGACAUACCGGCCAAUACUGUGACCAGUGCGUUCAAGGUUACUAUGGUAACCCUCUCCAGGGUCAGGCCUGUAGGAGAUGCGACUGCAGCGGGAACACCGAUCCCACCACCGGCCUGGCCGAGUGUGAUCAGUCCAGCGGUAAUUGCACCAACUGCGUGGUCCAAACCAAGGGGAGGAGUUGCGAGGAUUGCAACGACUGGUACUACGGUGACGCCCGCGUCCAGAGCUGCCAAGCUUGUUCCUGUGAUCGGUGUGGUAGUGAUUCGUGCGACAACUUCAACGGAGUCUGCAACUGCAGACCCAACGUUGUGGGAUACGACUGUGAACGAUGUCAGGUUGGCUACUGGAACUUUGAUAGUUGUAGUGGCUGCCUGCCUUGCGACUGUUCCCUCGGUGCUGUGGAUAGCCAAUGUGACAUGGAGACCGGACAAUGUACGUGCAUGCCUGGUGUGGGUGGGGACAAGUGUGAUGCCUGUCUCCAUGGAUACUGGAACUAUGGACCCAAUGGUUGCUAUGAGUGCAACUGUGACCCCAAGCUCCGUUGUGACCCUUACACAGGCGAAUGCCUCUGCCCUCCUGGGGCUAUGGGAGAGAACUGCGACCAGUGUGAAGAUCGCUAUAUCCUCACUGAGCAGGGAUGUCAACCUUGCGAUGAGUGCGUCCAUCUCCUGUUGGACAUCGUAGAAGAGAUGGCCGAAGAUCUUGACGAGGCUGAUCGUAACCUGACGGAUAUCACCGUGGGCGUGGUCGCCUUCCAGCGUCUCAACAAUCUCAAUCGAUCCAUCCAUGAUCUUAUCCCCGAGGUGGAGGACUUGGACAACAACAAUGCCUUAGUCCGAGGAUCGCUUGGUAACCUCACAUACCAGAUUGAUGAUCUGAAGUAUCAAGCAGGACAGGUCGAAGAAAGGGCCAUGGCAGCAGUUACCAAUGGGAAUGGUACAGCCAACGAUGCAGACAUUCUUAAGAAAAGGGCGCAACAGAUUGAGGCCGACGCCAACGCAACCAUCGACUUCAUACAUGACGUUGUGGAGGAGUUGCAAGCCAUCGGUAAUGGAACAAUAUCCAGCAACACAAACCUCGGUGAGCUGUUGGCCCGUGCCCAAAUGAUCCUGCAGGAACUGAAGGACCGAGAUCUCAACCCCGGAAAGGGGGCCGCAGAAGAGGAGAAACGACUAGCUCAAGAACUGCUUGACCGAGCUCGGGCACUUCAAAACGACUCCGCGGAGGUCGGUGAUCGAGCCGAUGAGGUCGGCGACGAUGUCGAUGUCUUCCUUGACAAGCUGAACGAACUCAUGGCGCUAUGUGAGAACUCCGACAAUACGACAGAUCAAGUGAACGCCAUCUUGGACAAACAUCGUAAUCCUGCCUUUGAGGAUGUCCUUGCUGAGGUGAACGCUAAGAACGAGAUGGCUCAAGAAGAGGUGACCAAUGCUACCAACCUUCUGGACGAUGCCUAUGGAUUCCUGGCUGAUGCCCGCAGAGCUAUUGAUGCAACUGGAGUGAAUGGUUCCAAACUUGAGGCUGCCAUCGACCAACUAGAGCCCUUCAUCGAGCGCUACGAGGAGGAGGGACGUAACCUACCAGAGCUGGUCGAUAACGCCACAGACUACGCCAACGAUCUCUGGAACACUGCUGAAGAGCUUGAUAGGAUGUUUGACAGUACUCGUAACCUGUCUGAGAAUGCGCUGAAGGCUGUCCGAGCUUACCAGGACAUCGGUAAUGCCAUCGACGAGGCCGAGAGAGCGGCUAGGGCAGCCCUGAAUGCAUCCGGACUGGCACUUGAUGCUGCGAACGACUUUGGCACCCAACCUCAAGAUUCCAAACGUCGCAGUAAGAAGCUUCUACGGAAGGCAGUCGAAGCCGGAGAAGAUAUGGAAGGCUCCCUCCCUAAAGCCUCCCUCCUUAACCAGAGUUUGAGUCUCCGGGAUCAGCUGAAUGAUGUAGAGCAGGAGGUGGAGAUGGUGAAAGAUAACUUGGAUGCGGUGGAAGAUGGUCUGGCAGAGAUAGAGAGAGGCAUUGCAGCCAUCCCCUCUCCAUCUAGUGAAUGCACCAUCAUUACUAAUUGUGAUGCAACCGAUCCCACCUGUAGACUUGGUUAUUCUGGAGACAACUGUAACAUUGCUAACCUUGGAAACUUGGCAGAGGGCGCCGCAAACACCGCCAUGGCCGCCGAAAGCAUCGGAAACGACGCCAAGGACCGGGCCGAUGACAUGAUCGACCGCGCUGGAGACGUGAAGGCGAAGCUCAACGGUCUCGGUGCUACGAUCCAGGCAGCUAACGAUAAGAUGGCCUCAUCACAGAACUCCAUUGAUGAAAUCCGUGACAUCGAGGGAAAGAUCCCAGGUUUGAGGGACAGGCUCAGAAUGCAGCACCGUCUCAUGGACAACAUGACCCUCUCCAUGACCUAUGACCUCGCCGAGAUCCAGAAAAAGAUUGCCGAAGCACGUUCACUGGCUAACGGAAUCAAGGUCGCAGCCAAGUUUGGUCCAGACAGCUAUGUGGAGCUCAAGGCCCCCGCAGAGGUGUCUGAAUCUACCCCCAUCUCAUCUUUCUCUUUCUACUUCACAACCCAAGCCAACGAUGGACUCCUCUACUACGUCGGUGGCCCUGCAGCAGGGGAUGAUUAUCUUGCCCUCACCCUGGAGAACAGGAACCUUGUCUUCCGAUACAACCUCGGUGAUGAUGACGCCAUGGCAACAGUAGCUCAGGACGUCACUGACGGACUGUGGCGAUACGUCCUAGUAGAGAGGUAUGGUCGCUAUGCCAAGGUCACGGUUACCACAGAGAGCACCGGCGACCAGGACGGAGAGUCGUCAACCACCGGAGUCUUUAACCUCCUAGAUCUCCAACCAGAGUCCAUCAUGUACAUUGGAGGUGCUCCACAAAGUGCUGAUUUACCAGGAGUGAUCAGCAACCGCGACUUCAUCGGCGGGGUGGACGAAUUCCAGUUUGGCGAGACGCCCAUCGGAGUCUGGAACUUUGUCAAUGCUAGCUCUGUUAACGAGGGAAUCAUGAGGAAUGUGACGGACCUGGCGGUGACGACCGAUCCCGACGAUCCUAACUCUGCCGUCAUGUUCGACGGGUCGGGUUAUGCCAUUGUUCAACGCGGCACCAAAGAGAUGUCGGUCGGUAACCGCAUCCAACUUCAACUCAAGACUCUCUCUCCCAACGGUCUCCUCCUCUUUGCAGGAAAUGAGGGCAAUACUUUCUUCAUCGAGAUGCGCGGAGGACGCAUCUACUACGAGUAUGACCUUGGUUCCGGACCCGUCUCCAAGAUAUCUAAGAAUAUUUACAACAACAACAAGUGGACCACCAUUACCAUCUUCCGUGUUGGCAAGGCAACCCAACUCUUCACCAUUACUCAGGGACCCAUUUCGGAGGACUUUGCCCAAUUCUCCUCACCUGGGGCAGAGACUGAGCUUGAGACAAACAAUCUAAUCUACAUUGGUGGAUUAGUGGGCGUUCCAGAUGACCAGUUCACACGUGUCACCCGAGAGAGUUUCCGUGGCUGCAUGGCCAACCUUGUCAUCAGCUCUCAGAACGUUGAUCUGACCGCUGCAGAUGUCCAGACGGCUGGAUUCUUCCCAGCAUGCAUCCGCCAGGACAUCCGUGUGGCCACCUACCCCGGCCCCAGCGGGGGUUACACCGAGCUGGCCAUGCUCGAUGAUUUGGACCUAAUGGACGAUGGGGACUUCAUCCUGCGCUUCCGCACCGAGCAGCCCAAUGGCCUGAUGCUCUACACCGCCGAUGACACCCAGGAUUCAUCUCUUGCAAUCAUGAUGAAAGACGGAGCCGUCCUUGUAGUUGCUCAUAGGGUCGAGACCGCAGAGCUUCUCACCCCCGAGGAUACCUACAAUGAUGGAAUGUGGCACACCAUUAACGUGCGUCGCCCCGCAAGAAGAGCUAAUGCAAGCCCUGGUUUUGAUGAACUCUCCCUGUCGGUCGAUGAUAACGAAGCAGUCGUGGAAGCCUUUGCCAGCCGCAACAUGAAGACAGGUGGCAUGCUGUUUGUUGGUGGUGUUCCUGAGGGAUACGACUUGGGACCUAUCACAGUCCCAGCAGCAGCCAGUGAGCCAUUCAUUGGAUGCCUGGCAGAUAUAUCCAGCAAACAUAGGAAAAUCACCUUUGCCAACCGUAUGCGUGACUUCAACGCUUUCUACGGAUUCUGUGACCUGUCGCUGUCAAGCAACGCCACGGAAGGGGAGGUCACACUCACUUCCCCAGCCCCCACUUCGGCCGCGGGCCCGUCGACGACUCCAUCCAUGCGCAACGACGGACCUUGCGUCCUGUCGUCCAACCCAGAAGACGCUCCUGAAGACCCGACUAACGAGGGCGCUGUUCAGUUUGGUGUCCUGUCCGACAGCCGCGUGGAGUUCCCUCCGCUUAAGUCAUCUGAAUACAGUAAUGGGUAUGACCUUUCAGUUGCCGUGCGAACCGGUGCCCGCAAUGGAAUCAUCUACUAUGCAGCAGACGGUUCUCAGAUUGAUCUCUUGGCGCUGUUCUUGUAUGAGGGUCGUCCCGUCAUGGUCUUUAAUCUUGGAUCAGGGAAUCUAAGACUGGAGCCCCUAGAUGGCCGCACAAUCAACGAUGCCCAAUGGCAUACGAUCAGAACAUUCCGAGACAAGACGAGUGGUGAGCUGUACAUCGACGGGGAGCUGGUCAAUAGCGGCAUGAGCACCCCCGGAGCUCGUCUUCUCAAGACUACAACCAACUUCUUCUGGGGCGGACUGAGCAAGGAUCUUACCGUCGCCAACAAUGACGUUAAUGAAGCUAGCCAGAUCGGGCUGCUGGGAUGUAUGAAAGAUCUGACGAACAACGGAGUUGAGUUCGGGGUACGUGCUAACGAGUACGAGAUCCAGGCUUGCUCUCAGAUCAUCGAACCUGGUGUUUACUUCGGUCCUGGCAAGGGAUACGUCAUCCCUGACGAAACGUUCAUGGUCAACCAGAGGCUGGAGGUCCGCAUGUCGAUCAAACCUCGGGUCAAAUCAGGGGUCAUCUUCUCCGUGGCUAAACCCGGGAUGGACUUCGCUUCCUUUGAGCUAAUCGACGGCCAGCUCUUCUUUAGAGUAGAGAAUGGUGCCGGCAAGUUUGAGGCUACAUACAUGCCUCCAGAGGGCAGCGCAUUCCUGUGCGACGGCAACUGGCAUGAUCUUCUAGUGAACAAAGAGGGCUCUGUCAUCCGAAUCACCGUCGACGGAGACGAAGGUGACCAGGUGACGGGACCAAGUGGAGCCACGGCCGCCAACACCAACGAUCCUCUCUACUUUGGUGGAAUCCCAGAUGGCGAGGAAGGCAACCAUCCUGGUAUCGAGCGCAACGCUCACUACGUCGGCUGCAUGCGUGACAUCAUGGUCAAUGAUGACCUCAUCAACAUGGCCGACGGUAUCUUCGAAGGCGACGUUGAUACACGCUCCUGCGCUGCCAACUGAGUGCUCCGACGAUGACAAUCUAGCCCCAAAUGCACAUGCGCAUUUGUUACUCCUAAACUACAUACCAAAAUUCAUCUUUACAUUUGAUAGUAGUUCAAUCGAUGUUCCCCUCCGUUCUCUCAUGAAUUUUUUAAUGCUGAAUUUUUAUCAAAUUUUUAUCAAAUUUUUAAAGUGAAGAAUACUCAAUUUUAAUACAAAGACCAUUGUGCGUUUUUAAUGAUUGUGAAUGAAUUAAUAGGAUAUUGUCUUUUAGGAGCGAGAAGGGUUUUAACUAUGUGUAUGGGUUUACACCCUUCUGACUAUAAACAGACGAUGUACAUGUUUCAUUGUUCAGAAGCUAAGGAAAGCAAGAAAUGGUGCUCACUCUGUAUUUUAAGACAGUGUUUCAUUUGCUGAAAGUACUUUGCAAAUCGUACAUGACUUGUGAACAUAUUGAUGUAAAUCUCUCGUGCAAGAAAAUGUCAAAGUUGAAUCUCAAGACAACUCAAAAUUUUCAGAGAAAGAAAAGAGACAAGCAGAGAGAUAGCGUAUAAAGAAGAAAUACAUUUUCUACUUACUCGUAUCAAGGUGCUAAGACUUACAUAUACUGAGUGCUGAAUUUGCUAUCAUAAAAUGUGACGUUAUAUUUAUUGUACCUCUGUGUAAAAGUGAAAAGGUAGAUUGCUGUUUAGCAAACCUACCAUGGUGCUCCUUUUGUAUACUAUGCAAUUUUUAUACUCAUUAUCACUCACUGCCUUUAAAUGGUGAUGUAAAGAAAAAAAAUCAUGUCUUGUAAUUUUAAAAAGUAAGGUAUAAAAAAAAUAACCUUUUACAGCUAUAAUUCCCUUGAAAAUGAACUUUUUAUAUGAUAUGAGCUUUUAUAAGAAAUGUUCCUGUGGAUAAUAAUCAUGUGGCAAGACUCGGUACUUACGAGUUUGGUAAAUGGUAUGUAUUUUUUGAGUAUAUAAAGGACUUCGGAAUGUUAAUCUUUUAUAUCUUCUUCAGGAAUUUUCCCACUGGCUGGGUAGAUUUCUAUACCAAGGACUCAGUAGAUAACUUUUAAAAUUAUUUUUAGUAAUUUUCACCGGGACAACAAAACUACUGCCAUAAUGUAUUUGGUAAGGUAUUUUAUUUACUAUUUUAUUAUUACAAAAGUGAGGCAAAAUGGUGCUAUGUUAGGAUGAAGAGUUACAAGGGUGACUCAUCUUUGCCUUGGCUUUUGUUACAGAAUAUGACACUUGUGGCAUGUCUUUGUAAGCUCAGUCUUAAACGUAAUUUCCCUAUGACAAUAUCUAUGGUCCUGAGAGCCAGAAGGUCGCUAUCUCAAAUACUUUGAUAUAGAAUUAGGGCCCUUUUGUCUCUUAACAGACGAUAUGCUGAAAUGCCAUGAUAUUAGGUAACAAAUCCAAGACUUGCAAGUGAAUUGGCCAUCCCCUGAAGGAAAUAAAGGGUGUGAAACAGAAGAUCUGUCACACUUACAUGGACUAUUUAACUAUCUCCCUACUCACCCAUCAAAGAGCUUGCUAAAAGACAUGCCACUCAGGUCUUAUUCUCACUUUUAGAAACCCAUACUAAUCCCUUUUUUACUUUUUUGUGGUAUUAUAUUUAUUCGGUACAAAGGAAAGGAAAUCUUUCUUUUUUUAUAAUUGAGCUUUUUUAGAAUUUUAUUUUGAACAACUGCCUAAAAUGAAAAAAAAUACUAACCAGGGAUCUGCUUCACAACUCACUAAAAUCUCUUUACCCUCUCCAGUUUUGACAGAAUUUUUACAGAAUUAUAUUUCAUUGUUAUUCAGUGUUUUUCACUAUUUUAGUUCUCCAUAAACAGUUUGUAAGGUAGAACUUUGUAUUAAGAUAACCCGUUAAUGUGGCCUUGUAGGCUGCAUUCAUACAUGAAACUCGUCAAGCAGUAUGACUUUUUAUCUCAUGACGAUUAAAUAUAAAUGCGAUCCCAA